AGAGACACCUGGCUGUAAGUUGUUCAACUUAUGCUUUAAGUGGAACAGUAAAGAAUGGCGGGGCUUUAAGUUGAGAUACUCAGCUGUGAAGUCACUUGAGGUUUCUGAAUGAACUCUUAAGUACAGUAUGUUCCAAACACAGACAUAAAGUCUUUGGGUCUGACUAACGUUAGCUUGCUAUAUCAGUACUGUCUGUAUAAGUCAGCCAUAUACCACGUGCCGAGUGCUUAAACAUAUAUAUUUCUUAAAAUAAUUUCCAACUGCACUAUGAUAAUUUUAAAUACUGACAUUAAGUCGGUCAAGUGCCAUCAAUCUGAAAUGAUCUACCUCGCUUGUACUCGUCAAGGUGCAAGCUAGCGUGUGCUAACAUUCCUGACAAGAGUUAUACUUCCGCUCACAAUAUUAUAAACGCAUACAUUUGUGACCCAGGAAGAAAUGUGUACGUUUAUUAAUUACGAUUAUGAAAGUGUAAAUAGUGUGGUUACAUACAGUUAUUAGCAAUACUCGUAUUUAAAUACGUUUUGGCAUGUACUUUAAUUUGUAAACCCAGCCGCCCGCGGCGGAAGUGGUGUUAUUUGACGAUUUUAGCAAACCUAACGGAACUCAUCCAACACCGUUGACUGUAGCUUACUUGGCUAAUCUGUUUACAUGGUCAGUUUAGACUGCAACGUACUAGUGCUCUCGCUAUAUAUAUAUAUCUAGGUAUACGAUCCUGAAGUCAUGACUUAGUCUGACCGCAUGCUUGCGUCUGUUUCAUGUGGCGAUGAUGUUGUUUUGCCUCUUUCGGCUUUGCUAGGUGAUACCAGCUAGAUUACACCUUGCAAAUGAAACGGGGGAUAUGUGACUAUACUCUGGAAGGUUAUAUUAGCCCAAGUGUCUUCUUCGCAGAGCCUGAGAUCCUGCUUUUGCGUGCAGCUAAAGGGAGAACUACAAUGCUGUGCUGGGGAAAUGCUUCCUACGGACAACUGGGCUUGGGUGGGAUUGAUGAAGAGAUUGUGGUUGAGCCACGAAAAUGUGAAUUCUUUCAUGGGAAGCAAGUGAGUGAUGUGGGGUGUGGCCGCAGACACACAGCUUUCCUGCUGGAGGACGGGACGGUGUACACCUGUGGCUGCAAUGAUCUUGGACAGCUUGGACAUGAGAAAGCCAGAAAGAAACCCGAGCAAGUUGUGGCCUUGGAUGCACAGAUCAUAGUGGCUGUAUCAUGUGGAGAGGCCCAUACACUCGCCCUAAAUGACAAAGGACAGGUUUUCUCUUGGGGUCUUGGUUCAGAUGGACAGCUGGGAUUAAAUAACUUUGAAGAAUGUGUUCGCGUGCCUAGAAACAUCAAGACUUUGUCAGAUGUUCAAAUUGCUCAGGUAGCCUGUGGGUACUGGCACUCCCAUGCACUUUCAAAAGGGGGCCACAUCUUCUCAUGGGGCCAGAAUCGAUAUGGCCAACUUGGGUUAGGAAUCAACGGACAGAGCAUUUCCACACCCCAGAUGAUUCAGUCUCUGCAGGGCAUUCCUUUUGCUCAAAUAUCAGCAGGUGGAGCUCAUAGCUUUGCCCUCACUCCCUCGGGAGCUGUGUUCGGUUGGGGGCGCAACAAUUUCGGUCAGCUUGGUCUCAACGACUGCAACGAUCGGUAUUUCCCGGCCCUCCUGAAGUCCCUCAGAUCACAGAGAGUGAUUUACAUUUGCUGUGGAGAAGAUCACACAGCAGCGCUGACCAAGGAAGGGGGCGUGUUCACAUUUGGAGCGGGAGGAUAUGGACAGCUUGGGCAUAACUCUACAAAUCAUGAAAUAAACCCCAGAAAAGUGUUUGAGCUCAUGGGAAAUGUAGUCACACAGAUUGCAUGUGGAAGGCAACACACGCUGGCUUUCACGCCGUCAUCGGGGAAGAUGGAUUCAUUUGGGCUUGGAGGGAACGGGCAGCUUGGCACACGGUCCACUUCCAACAGAAAAAGCCCUGCUCUUGUUAAAGGUCCCUGGGUAGCCACCAGUACUGCAACAGAUACAGAUUCAGAGGAGAAAUGUUGUGUCAAACGGAUUUAUGCUGGAGGAGAUCAAAGCUUUGCUCACUAUUGCAGUGCCAACAGUCUUCAGAACGGAGAUGACACAAGGAUAAAAGAUCCACAGAGAAAGAUUUGCUCCUUGAAUGAGGAUCUCAUACAAAAAUGGUUGAACCACUCACCAGGAAGACUCCCGCUAGAUAUCUCCAAUGAGAUCGACCUCGUGUUCUCCUCAGCAAGCUGCCUAAAUGGGUCUUUCCUGUCAAUGAGUCAUCCAGAUCACUACAGUACCAGCAGUAAAUGUUCAGGGGUGGAUAUGAACAUGGCUCGCCUGCUCUUCAACAAAGUAAUCCAAGAGGGUCACCCUGAGAUUGCUCAGCAGAUUGCUGCCAGUCUGGAGAAGAACCUCAUUCCCAGGCUAAACAAUUCUCCUCCAGACAUCGAAGCACUGAGACUCUACCUCACUCUUCCAGAAUGCCCUCUCUUCACUAACCGAAAUAACUACGUGACCAUCUCUAUCCCAUUUGCCAAAUCAGUCAUCAGCCUAAAAGAGGCUCCACUGAAGGUGCUAGGAAACUGGUGGUCUACGUUUGAGUCCCCAGUCUUCCAGCGUCUAGUUAAGCUGUACAAGGAAGUGGUGGUGUAUCUGCUGCAGAUGCACAAGGUGGGCAUUCCUGCAGUAGAGCAGAGAAUUUUCACCUGUUUUCUGGACACAUCGCUGCGGCUCCUGGAAAUCCUACACAAGGUGAGCGAGAAAGCGGGACACAUCAUUCAGUACGACAAGUUCUACAUUCACGAGUUGGAUAACCUGAUAGACAUCCGAAAUGACUACGUCACAUGGCUUCAGAGGCAGAUGUACCCAAUGGGACAUGAUGGUGUGGUGACUCUGUGCAAGUAUCCUUUUGUAUUUGAUGCCCAAGCAAAGACUACACUCCUUCAGACAGAUGCUGUCAUACAGAUGCAGAUAGCAGUGGACCAGGCGCAGAUGCAAAAUUUCAGCUCCAUGUUCCUACCGGCGGUGGAAUCCGUCAACCCGUGCCUCAUCCUCAUCGUUCGCAGGGAAAACAUCGUUGGAGACACUAUGGAAGUGCUCAGGAAGUCUAAAAAUGUUGACUACAAGAAACCACUAAAGGUGAUCUUUGUGGGAGAAGAGGCUGUCGAUGCAGGCGGCGUGAGAAAGGAGUUCUUCCUUCUGAUCAUGAAAGAGCUGCUAGAUCCCAAAUACGGAAUGUUUCGCUACUACGAGGAGUCUCGCCUCAUCUGGUUUUCAAACAAGACAUUUGAGGACAUUGACUUGUUCAACCUCAUCGGGGUCAUCUGCGGUCUGGCCAUCUACAAUCUCACUAUCGUUGAGCUCAACUUCCCCUUGGCCCUUUACAAGAAGCUUUUGAAGAAGAAGCCAACGCUAGAAGACCUGAAAGAGCUAAUGCCAGAUGUGGGAAGGAGUCUGCAGCAGCUACUAGACUACACGGAAGAUGACCUUGAGGAAACCUUCUGCUUGAAUUUCACAAUCACAGAGGAAAACUACGGUGCCACAGAGGUUUUUGAGCUUGUACCAAAUGGGGAAAACAUUAACGUCAAUAUGUCAAACAGGCAGGACUUCGUCAAUGCCUAUGUAGACUAUGUUUUCAACACAUCGGUAGCUCCACUCUUCGAGUGCUUCUAUGCAGGCUUCCACAAAGUGUGCGGUGGGAAAGUUUUAGAACUGUUCCAGCCAAACGAACUGCAAGCCAUGGUUAUCGGCAAUACCAACUAUGACUGGAUGGAGCUUGAAAAGACUACUGAGUACAAAGGGGAGUACUGGACAGACCACCCUACAAUCAGGCUUUUCUGGGAGGUAUUUCACGAUCUUCCAUUGGAGAAGAAAAAACAGUUUCUCUUGUUCCUCACGGGAAGUGACCGCAUCCCCAUCUUGGGCAUGAAAAGCUUGAAACUGGUGAUCCAGCCUACUGGUGGAGGGGAGCAUUACUUACCUGUUGCCCACACCUGCUUCAACCUGCUGGACCUGCCCAAAUACACGAGUCUAGAAAUGCUCCGUGAGAAGCUGCUACAGGCUAUAGAUCACAAUCAAGGCUUUAAUCUUGCCUGAUAGAACAUAGAAAUCCAUGUUGAGACUGUUGAUGGCAACCACAUUCCCAGAUGGUUUUUUGCAGACUUCUCAGUCUGGAUGAGUCAAACACAAGUUGAAAAAAAAUAAAAAUUAAAAAGGAGGCCACAUGACACUAGCAGUGACUGAUAUGAACGGCUGGACUUUAAUGUUAAUGUUGAUUUUUUAAUUAUUUUUUUUUCCAGCUGCUUUCUUGCCAUCAAAGUGUUUGAUGCCCAAUCUCACACAAGUUGAUUCACAUUUAAUAUUGCUCUUGUAGAUAUGCUUUUAUUCAUGUUUGGAUAGGACAAGUAUGAUGAAGCAAACUACUGGUAUAUACAGCACAGGGGCAUAAAUAAACUGACAACAAACAAACUCCUGUAAAAUACAGUGAAAUUACUUUUUGUAAUGCUUAACACCUAAUUUAUUGUGACAGUGAGAUGCUUCUAUCAUGUUUUUACUGGUUUAAAAUGUAGUCAAACACCACAAAAUACCAUGUAAUUCCACCCCCCCCAAAAAUAGAGAGAACAAAUAAGACCUGAUUCACAUCUGACAAAGUGUCAACAGAAACACAUUUUUUUAAAACUACACUAGCAGUAUUUUCUGCAUGGCUUUGUCAUCAAAGUGACACUGUAUUUUACAGGAGUUUGUUUUUUUUCCCCCAUCCCCUGUUGCAAAAAUUGUUAGCCAAUGUAAAUCUACUUUAUGUUUGACAAAGGUUCUCUUGUGACAUUUGCUUGAGAGCAAUGUGAAGUGUUUGCUAUAGAUGCUGAGUGGAUUUUCUUGGCUGUUUGCCUUAACAAUCCACAAAUAAAAACAAAGUACAGCCACUGAAAUAAAUGGGCUACUUGCUGGUAAGGUU